ACCAUAUUGUAGAGCACAUGAUCCAAUCUGGAUCCAACCCUCUGUCGAAGAAGCUGCGGGAAAAUGCAAAGGCGCUAUGCAUUGCCUUAUUAGGAACAUUUAGCUCAUGCGCAGAGGGAGUGAUUUUGUUUGAAGCGUUUGCAGUAAGAGCGACCGUGUUGGGGGGACCAGCGCUGCACAGCAAGACUACGCUACUGUAACGUUAAAAUACAUGCAUAUAUUCAUAUUUCUUUUUAUGAACAUAUAUGGUUUAGAUCAUCCGCUUCUCUCUGCAAGUUUUGUUAAUUUGCUUGAUGCAUUUUCGUCGAAAUGUUGGGACAUUAUCCGAACGUGGAGAAGACCCAACUGGUUAGCUAUGUGGAAGAUUAUCUUGAAUGUGUGGAGUCUUUGCCUUUGGACAUACAGAGGAAUGUUUCACUGCUACGGGAAAUCGACACAAAGUAUCAGGAUGUUCUGAAGGAGGUGGACGAUGUGUACGAGAGGUACAGGAAGGAGGCAGACGGAGGCCAGAGGAAACGGCUGCAGACCCAGCUCCAGCGGGCCCUCAUCAGCAGCCAGGAGCUGGGGGACGAGAAGAUCCACGUGGUGACGCAGAUGAUGGAGCUGGUGGAGAACCGCGCGCGGCAGAUUGACUCGCACACGCUCUGCCACCAGGAGCCCGCUGAGGCCGAGCGAAGCGGAGCCGCCACGGCUGCCGCCGCCGCCGCCGCGGAGAAGUCCCGGCAGGAGGCCGCGCCCGCCGAGCGCUCCUCGGCCCGCCGACCCCGGCGCCAGCGCAACAGCGAGAGCCGCGACUCCGGCAGCGGCACGGCCAACGGCGUGGAGGAGGCGGCCGAGGAGCCGCCGCCGCCUCCGCCGCCGCCGCCGCCCAGGGAGAAGAGGUCCAAGUCGGCCAAGAAGAAGAAGCGGUCCAAGGCCAAGCCGGAGCGCGAGGCGUCGCCCGCCGAGUUCACCAUCGACCCCAACGAGCCCACGUACUGCCUCUGCGACCAGGUGUCCUACGGCGAGAUGAUCGGCUGCGACAACGAGCAGUGCCCCAUCGAGUGGUUCCACUUCUCCUGCGUGGGACUGACGUACAAGCCCAAGGGCAAGUGGUACUGUCCCAAGUGCAGGGGGGACAGCGAAAAGACCAUGGACAAAAGCAGCGAGAAAACAAAAAAGGACAGGAGGUCUAGGUAGUCCAUCUGGUUUUCCAUGUGGUUGGCUCCUUGGUGCUUUUGAGAUUGGAAUCCAGAGACUGAGCAAACAAAGUGGGGCUAAAAGGCCAAACUACCCUUUUGGGAUUCAGAGUUUCUACGCCAUGUUUGUGGCCUUUAAGAAAACCAAUUUGCCAUAUUGGCGAAGGACUUUAUUUUUCUGUUAUUCUUAAAGUUUUCUGUAUUUAAUGAAGCUUGUGCUGGUAUUAGCUCUGUCCUGACUAUUCAAGAUGGUUCCCAGCUGAGCCUCGUCUUUUUUUUGUCUCCCCAUUCCUCUUUAUUCAAAUGUUGCAAAUAAAAAUGUACUGUUAGAGAA